UUAAGGCAGGAAAACGUAUUUUUCUUCUGAAAUUUACACAGGCAAGGCUACCGAUACAGACAAACCUUGUGAAAGUUUUCAGCAAAGACUUCAAAACUACAAGAAUGAGUAAGUGUAUCAGAGUGCUCAAGUAUAUGCUGUUUGCCUUCAAUUUAUUGUUUUGGGCAAUUGGAUGCUCCAUCAUAGCUAUAGGAAUCUACUUUGUCGUUCAUAACAUCUAUGGGUCCCUAUUUCCAGACAUUCCAUCUCUCACAACUGGCAAUAUCUUGAUUAUUUUUGGCUGUGUUAUAAUGGUAUUUGGAUUUGUAGGAUGCAUGGGAGCAAUUAAGGAGAAUAAGUGUUUACUUCUCACUUUCUUUAUUUUGCUCCUUCUGAUUCUACUGACCGAAGUCAUUCUGGCUAUUGUUCUUUUUGUUUAUGAAAAACAGAUUGGCCCAUAUAUCACAAAUGAGCUGAAAAUUAGUCUGGAGAAGCACAAAGAAAAGAACUUAAAUGAGACUAUUUGGGACAACAUACAAAGUUCUAUGAAAUGCUGUGGCAUCAACAGCUCGAAGGACUGGGGAGAUUCAGUUCCAAGUUCUUGCUGCCCUGAAGAAACAAAGGACUGCAACAAUCGUAUUGCCUUUAAACGGGGGUGUAGUGACGCUUUGACAUCUUGGUUUGAACAUAAUUUCCUUUAUGUUGGGGUAGUGACCAUCUGUACUUCUGUUAUUGAGGUAUUAGGAAUGUCUUUCGCACUGACUUUGUAUUGCCAUAUUUCCAAAAGCAGUGGCUCGUUGAAUACAAAGUAAAACACCACCU